AUGUUUAGCCGAAAGAACGCCAGCAGCACUGUCGGUUCGGACGGGAGCGAACUUCCGUCUGAUAACUCCCACAAGUCCCUUCCUCCGACUCCAUUUCGGUUUGGUAUUCGUAAAGCCACCACCAUUAAUGUCGUGAACGGGGUAAUGGGAACCUGGGCGGAUCCCGUCAUCCAGAACUCGCUUCAGAUAUUGGAGCAGGUAGCUGAUGUCGGGAAAGCCCUCCCUUUCGUCGCACCCGCUUUCGCUCUCUUGAAAAUUAUCGUCGAUAUCGAGAAUAAGGCCAGAGACGCGGACACAAAAUGCACCGAUCUUCUCGAGCGCAUAAACUUCAUGCUCGGCCAGCUUCCGGCGCUGAAGCUCGUUCAGAUUACAGACGCGACGCGCCAGGUCGUCGAGCGCAUGAAUCACUCCCUCAAGGCUUCCACUGCGCUCAUCCAGGCAUAUCGCAAGCAAGGGACGGUUUCCCGUCGCAUUAACGUCGGGAAUCGGGACAAGUUCAUUUCCUGCGCAGACUCUAUCAACAAGUGCACGAACGACCUUAUGAUCACCCUCCAGAUUCAUCAAACCAGCCAACUCGACAUCAUCACACGUCCCGUGCCUGUCGAUCCCGUCGACGAGGCCGCCAAAUCCUUUAUUUCUAGCCACGGCGGCGUCGAUGCAGUCAAGGAUGACCGCGAGCUUAUCGCGCAGUUUGCCAGCACGCUCCACCUCACUGUUGAUGACAGGGCGUUGGAGCAGAUCAACACUAAUAUCACCGAUUUGAUGCAGCAGAACCAGGAGCAGCUUGAGCGCACCAUCAGCUCCAGUGUAGGGGCAUCUGUCGUCGACGGCUUCAAGGAAAUUGCAGCAAAGAUGACGGAGGUAGAGAAGGAGCAGGUGUUCACUUGCGUCCAAUGCGACAAGGAGUACCGCAACUCCACGAACGGACCGAAGUCGUGUUCGUUCCACAGGGCAGAGUACUCCUCGUGGAACAAAAGCUUCCCUUGCUGCUCUGGCAAUGCAUCCCAUCCUUGCGAGUUCAGUUCACAUCGCCCGACACACCACUGCGACUACCCAUAUGCUGCGUUCUUCCCUCGGGCGCAGAAGGUUCUCAAAUAUGUGGAUACGAUCGAGAAGUGGGCCUCCAUUGAGGACUCUGAUCUCGAGAAGAAUGCUGUGCAGAAGGCCUCUGCAGGCCGUCUGCUGCGCUGGGUUUCGCGCGGAGAAAGGAUUGACACUCCAACGAUCCUCAUCACCGUGGGCACCGUGUGGUUCUCUGAACCCUACUUCUUUGAUACGUUUACUGCUGCACAGCUUGAGUCUGUCGCCCGGGAUGUGUUCAUAGGCCGGAAGACCUCUACCAUCUUUCGCACAUCUCAGAGUGAAGACGAGUUUGCGAUGGCGGAGUGGGUGCUUUCGCGGAAGGCGAUUGUGAUCGAGGGUAUCCGGCUCACAGCCAAGGCGGCUACCUCAUCAUUGCCUUAUGUCGUCGUGUGUCCAAUCGACGCCCCCGCAUGCACGAAGUCUGGCGAUGUGGUGACUGUCUCUGAGGGCGGCCUGCGCGCGUAUACUCCCGAGGCGCCAUACGUCUUGCCGGAAACUGUGCGUGCAGGACCCGAGUUGCAGGACAAGUCCGUGCGUGCCCCUCGAACAGACUUCAAGACUCGUACCUCGGCUGCUCUUCCGCUGAUUCUGAAGCCUACCUCUGAUCCCCCGCUUAGCGCUAAUCCCCAGUUUGCACGGUAUGAUGCGGACAACUUCGAGGGCAGCGUAUCUGUAUUCAACAAGCAACCCUCCACCACUCCAAAUCCCAUAACCAUUGCCAAGGUCACUGCAUUCUUCCGCCUCGUUGGCGACGAGGAGUACUCUCCGGUCUUAUCUCUGCGUAUCCUCGACAGAGUUGAGCUCCCCGUCACCAUCGACUCGCGGCAGUCGUGGGCCCUGCAUUUUGAAGCAGUCGUUCCGCGUACGGAAGAGGACACAGCACUUCAAGCGCGGUGGUUCAACCGUGCAUUCGUCGCGCGACACAGGCCCCUCAGGCUCAAGCUCGUGUUGGAGGAUAUCGAGGACGAGGAGUGUUCACUCGUUCUAGAAUACGUCUUCACACCCUUCCCGUUCGACAAGCCGAAGCCGGACGACCUCGCACGCUUCUUCUUCGAUGAUCCACAGUUCUACCUGCGGCAUGAAGUGCGCGUGACCAAGGCUAGUAAUGGAAAUCAGGGGGUGCUUCGAAUCGAUCGCACUGACAUCGCCGUGAAGACACUCCAGAAAAUUGUGUACAAGGCACUUAAAACUGGAGAGACAGAGAUCAAUUUGGAUAUCGGACAGAAGAAGGACACGUCCAGCUGGACGGCGUGGGCACUCGUCGAUGUCUCGUGCAAGCGCGUGUAUGCCAUCAAGGUCGUGCUCACGCAGGCAGACAGCGUCGCCAGGAAGACGCUCGGAUGUGUCGGCUACGUCCUCUGUCCGGACUACGGCAACACUAUUAACGCUACUCGCCCUGUGCGCUACGCCCAAGAGAAGGCCAAGCUCGAGGUCGAGCCGCUGGAGGAGGCGGAGUUCGUCACAGAGGAUACCGUUGAUGAUUACGUCCCGGAACCUCCUAAACCAGUUGUAGAUCCUACCCCUGCUCUACCUACUGCGAUGUCCUCCACACAGGCGGUUGUCUCAGACGACCUCAAUCAGCAUCUUACUUCUAUCGACUCAAGUCUCUCCCGUCUCGCCACAGCUGUCGAGCAGCUCGUUGACAUCUUAAAAAAGAAUAACCUAUAG